AUGAUGACCUACAUCCCCUCCCUGACGUUGCCGUCGAUCCUGUUCGAGCAGCCCGCCGCAGCCAUACUCCUUCCCAUCGCCGCAGGCACUGCUGUAGGCUUCGCGACUCGGCCAAAAGACACCCAAAAGACAUAUCUGGCGCUGAGGCAACCACCUCUCCGUCCGCCCCCGUGGGUGUUUGGACCCGCCUGGACCACGCUCUAUGGCUUGAUGGGAUACUCCGCAUAUCGUGCGUGGUCAACUGCAUCAAGCAGCAUUGACCCUAGCAAAGUAGCAUUGGCCAAGCACGGCGCGACCCUCUACACGAUCCAGUUGGGGCUUAACCUGGUCUGGAUGCCACUGUUCUUCGGCCUCAAGCGACCCAUCGAAGCUGCCGUCGACAUCGUCACUCUGACUGGUGUCGUUGGCUAUCUGGCAUACAUCUGGGGCCAAGUCGACGAAGUAUCAGGCUGGUGUCUGGCACCGUAUCUCGGAUGGCUGGCAUUUGCCAAUUACCUCACAUUCGGCGUUGGCUACCUGAACGACUGGGACUUCAGCAACAAGGAGGCGAGGCGGCCAGCGGGAGGCAAGGACAGUACCUUCAACACCGAAACGUCAAAGAACAGAUGA